GGAAAAUCAAAUCAUCCAUUUCCCUCUCCAUAUCCAUUUCUUCAAAAUCGAAACAGCCCUAAAUUCACUAUUGAUCGCCAUCGCCGAGCAUGGACGACAGUUUUAAAGUUCGUGUGGACAGAAUCUUUGGUUCUCUCUCUUCCGCAUCUACUACCUCACCGGCAGCUUUCAGUUCAACUGCGAGAUCUCUCUGGUGCCUUACCGACGACGAAAUCGAGAGGAGAGAGUGGAUCAAGGAGAAGGAGGAACAACUCGAACCGGAGCUCGAGCCGACCUCGCUCUGCGACGGCGGAAGGAAGGUGAGCGGGAGGAGUUCAUUUGGAUUCCAAGACGAUUUCGAGGAUGAUGAACUCGAUGAUUUGGACGAAAAUCCAGAGUCGAAUGGUUCGUCUAGUAAGUUUCCUAAACCUGACGAUUAUGGAGAUGAAGAAUGGGAAAUCAAGUCCUCAAUUGGCCGGGACUGCACGCUUGAUUAUGAGGAAGAGGAAGAUGAGUAUGAUAAAGUUGCUGUUGGCAAGGAGAAAGGUGGAGAUCGGUUGUAUAUGAAAGACGUAACUGACUGUGGUAUUGAAAUAGGUUCGUGUACCGAGCUUCCUACUUCGGUACGAGAUUUCACCAGAGAUCCACGCGCGAAUCACUUAGCUGCAAAAGUUAGGCUCAAGGAAGAUGCAGAAGCUUCUAAAACGAUCGACUCUUUGCACGUCUCUGAGAACAGUACAGUAGCCAUAGCUGAUUCUGAAUGCAAUACUUCUCAGAACCCAAAAUCUAUUCUGAAGAGGAAAGAUAAUUAUCUAGAUGCAAAAUCACACAAGCGUGUCCGAUUUGACCCGGAAUGUAAAGUUUCUCAAGAAUCUCAAGGAUUUAAAGAUUUCACUAUGGAAGCGAACUCUUUGCCUGGAGUUGCAGAGGUUGGCAAUGAAGCAAACUUCCCAUCUCAGGCCACUCAAGUUCCAGACUACUUACGGAAUCCAUCUAGAUACACGCACUAUACUUUUGACUCAUCCAAUGAGGUGGAUGAAGAGUCCAACAAGAAAGCCUAUAUGGAUUUCCUUCAGAUGGUGAGAAGGUCAAAGACAAUGGAGUCGCAUCAGGAUUCAACUGGUCCUCCAAAGUCCAUCACUUUCAUCCCAAAAAAGAAAGCAGGUGAUACAAUAAUGCUUGAAAGUUCUACCCUAGAGGAGCAAAGCCAUCAUCAAAAUGGAGUUGGCAAGGAGCUCGUGCACCAGAAAGGCAUGCCCAUAGGCAUUGCAGCUGUGAACACUCAGAAUGAUGAUGUUUGUUCAAUGGAGGAAGAUGAACCUGAUAGACUAGAAAUUAGAAAAAACAGCUUACAGAAGUCAGGCCGCCAGUAUAGAAUGAGAGCUUUGGAGUCGGAGGAGGAGGCCUGAUGGCUGAUUUUGAUAUAACAAGACACUGCUCUUAUAUCACUUCUCUUCUUCCAUGGUCUUAUUUAUAUUGAACUUAUCUUGUAAGGCAACAUGUUUUCGGUACAGUGCAACAAUUAUGGGCAGUCUAUGUGGAAUUGGGCACGAGACAAGCUACCGCCCAAUCUUAUCUAAUCUCGACAUUUGGGUGUUAAAAAAGUUAGAAGGAUAUUAAAUCCUAAGCGAUUAUCAUGAAUUAAA